AUGGUGGUGGAGAACGGAUCCACGUACACUCCGGACCGACACCCCUCGUGGUUCAAGGUGCCGUUGCUGCAGUCACAGCUGGCGUGUUGCUGCGAGUGGGCCUUCUUCCUCGACUCAGACGCCUACAUGCGCAUGCACCACCACACCCUCUCCAUCCCCGCCUGGAUCCACACCAUCAACCAACCUAAUUACUUCAACUGGCUGCUGAGGGACAAUCUAACCGACUCUCUGGAGGGGCAGGUGUGGCUCCCACAGGACCCUGCUCUGCUGCUACAGCCGCCCUCCGCGCUACAUCCAGAAGGAGGGCCCGUGGCUCUGAUACCACGGAACGGCGACUCAAGGGAUGGAUAUUAUGGGGAUGUGGGCAUGGUGUUCCGGAGGGACUCGGACUACAUCAAUGCGGGCGUCAUGCUCUGGCGGCGAUCGCCAGCCACUUUCAAGGUGGGGGGUUGGAGUGGCUUGGUGGUACAGCGAGCAGAGGGGCGAGUAGAGCGUGGUCAACCACGUGUGGGAGGAGUCAAGCCUCAACCAGGUGUGGGAGGAGUGAAGCCUCAAGCAGGUGUGGGAGGAGUGAAGCCUCAAGCAGGUGGCACCGAGCAGCAGGGCGAGUACCACCUGUUCAGCCACGUGUGGGAGCAGCACCGCCUCAACCAGGUGGCUCGUUGGCCGCAGUGGCGGCGGAGGGUGCUCAUGGUGCCGUUCCGCGAGCUCACAGGGCCGCAGGGGGCCAUGGUGCGGCAUCUGUGGGGGGGUGUGGCGAGCGAAGAGCGCGACAGGGUGGUGUAUGAGGCUCUGGAGGAGGCACUGGGCAGCCUGAAGUAA